AAAACACCAAAAAUACUUAAAAUAAUUAUUGAUUCGCUAUCCAAAUAUUUGAACUAAACUAAUUUAUAUGUUAAGUUUAGGUAUUCUGACAUAUGUUAUUCGAAUUUAUAUUUAAUAUAUUAUUUUGUUUAUAGUUUUUACGAAAUUUAAAGUAUAUAAUAAAUUUUAAAAAUUUAAAAGUAAUUUAAAUGGGUUAUCUUAACUCGAACCGAAUCCGCAAGAAUCUGAAGCGAACCCGAACUGAAAUUUAGAAAUAUUUGAAUGGGGCUGAAAUCUUUGACUCCGGAAACCCGAAACUCAAACAGACCUGAACCGAACCCGAUUAGGUACCAGAUAGAUAGUUUCUCACAAUAUAUUGGGCGCCCAAUUUUUCUUAAAAAUAUAAGUCAAUUAUUAUUUUUCUUAAUAUAAUGUUAUCCAUGUUUUCAAACAAACUUUUUUUUUUAAACUGCAAUCCAUGUUUCCAAACAAUUUUUUUAUAAAAAUUGCUAUCUAUGUUUCCAAACAAAUCUAAUUUAUAUUUCCCGAGAUAUUAUUGGGAUUGUAAUAUCUUUUUUUUGUUAUAUUGUUUUCGCUAUUUUAGUGUUUGUCUGUGUGGGUAGACGUGAGAAGCAAGCAUCGUUAAGGUUAGUAAAACCAGAUGGUUUAGAAGAUAAAUGGGCCACGAAAUUUUUUAAAUUUGGUUAAAGGCUUAUGUUCGAGAACUACUUAUUAAAAGGACUUUAAUUAUACAUGUUUCCAAACAUUUUUCACUAAACAUACUAUCCAUAUUGCCAAACAAUCUCAAUGUGUACUUCAACUUUAAUAACAUAGAUACCAUAAUAAUUCUUCAUCAUUUAUUUUACUUGUUUAAAAUUUAACAUGUAUGAGUGAAAUUGUUCCAUUAUCGACAAAAAUUCAAACCAGUUAACACAUAAUUUGUUUUGUUUACAUAAUCAAUUAAGCAUGGACAUUCAAGUACACGUUUGGAUACAUAUCAGUUUUUCGGAUAUCGGCUUUUUGGAUUUUAAAAUUAAAUCUCUGUUCGGGCAUUAUAUAAGUUUCCAGACGGAACUCGAGUCGGAAUUUUCUAAGUCCGGAUAGGUUUGUACAGAGCCGGUCCUGGCAUAAUAGAGACUAAAAGCAAAAUAUAAAAAUGUGGCCGAUAUCAAGAAAAUUCGAACACGGAUUGUCCGCAAGAAAUUCAUUACCUCCUAAAUGAUCCACUAGACUAUAAAGACAUUUUAUAAUUUUGUGUUCGAUAUUUGACUUAUUUAAACACGGCCGGAAGUAUGGGUUUCAUUCGCUUGGCCCACGGAUCGGCUCUCGGUUUGUAGGAAUCUAAAAAUAUCUAAAUAACAUAUAUCUAUGUGUUUAAAGAUUCAUUAAAUAAUUUAUAAAAAGUAAAACUAACCCUGCAUGUCCUUUCAUUAAAUAAUUUAUAAAAUGUAAAAACCAAUUUUGCGUAGACGCAGGGAUCAAUCUCUAAAUAUCAAUUUAAAAUAAUAAGUUGGACCUCAAGAUCCAAGGUAUUUCUUUCCAUAAGUACAUACUUAGAAAUUAGGAUAAUUAAACCUAUAUAAGUACAAACAAACUACAGAAAAUUAUUCUGUUCAAGCUGCCAAUUUUAUUUAAAGUUUCGUUGAGUAUAUAUAACAAAAACUUGUGUUGAGUCAAUUAUAUAAGGACUGAUAAUAUUUUAAGAAUUCCAGGGACGUAUUCAAUUUAACAAGUCAUUAGCAUUGCCAAACAUAGUUUCGUUUUUUUAAUUGCCAAAUAUAGUUGAACACUAUAUAUGAAGCCUGCGAACGUCUUUGUCUUGUUAGUUAAAUUCGCAUUUUGUUUCAUCACGGAUCCUAAGAAAUUACUUAUUUAGAUUUUAUUUGAGCACCAGAAAACAAAUAAUUUAAACAUCUAAUAAAUUAGUAUGACUUAAGAAUAGUUUUUAAUUCACACAUAAUUAUGAGUGUUGUUCCCUGAUUCUUCCUACAUUAAAAGAUAUGAAAAUUUCUACUAUUACCCUUAUGCAUAUAUAAUAAGUUUAUUUCCUUAAAUAAUAUGUUAAACAAUAGGAUUAAUUUUUAAACUCUUCAGAAAUUUAUAUUGUAAAUACAAUACUCAUUUGUAUGGAACAAAAUGUAAAUGUUAAAUUUCAAUAUUUAUUAUGAAACAGAAGUAGUAUGUACUAUUCUCCAAGUUUAAAAUAAAUGUCGGUUUGUUUUAAAUCAUAUAUUGUUUGUGUUUUGAAAAAAGAACAUGAUUUAAGAAAACCAUGCAAAAUUUAGGUCUUUAAUCCAUAAUUUCUCCAUCUGAAAUAAAAAUAGAAUAAUUCUCUAGGAUAGACCUAAAAAAGUUUUUGUCACAAAUAUAGACCUUAAAAAUAAAAAUGAACAAAAUAGAUUUAAAUGUUUUAUCAAAAGAAGCAAAUAUACACUUAUAUCCCUAGGGUUAAUUAAUUUAGACAUUAGGGUUUAGAGUUAAGGGGUGGGGUUUAGGGUUUAAGGUUUAGGGUUUAGGGUUUAGAGUUUAGGGUUUGGAGUUGAGGAGUGGGGGUUUUGAGGAUAGUAUUUCAAAUUUAAAAAAUUAAAAAUUAAAUUUUUCAAAAUAAAAAUGCUAUUUUGAUCAUUGUAGUUUUUGAAGUCUAUUUUUGUGACAAAAACUUACAAAAAUAUAUUUGAGAGAAUUGCCCAUAAAAAUAUAUAGUCUCUUGCAUUACCAGGCCACUACUUUUGGUUUGUUUUAUGUUUUAAAUUGGUCUUUUAAGUAAUAUUUUCUUUUCAUCUUUAUGAUUUUAGUCUAUAAACUAACUAAACAAAAUUCCAUAGCAUAUUAAAAAUAAAUAUAAUUAUACUAUAUAUUUUUAUUUUACCUAUAAAAAUUAAACGGAUGAAAUAACAAUCUUCAGAAUAGCAAAACAAAGUAUAAUUCUUUGUGUUUAUAUUUGAUUUGAUGGUAACCAUCUCAAACUGAAAUCACAAAAAAGUAGAUAUGGUUCUAAAAUUUCAUGUGACCACUAGCAUCUAGAAAUCAAUACUAUAAUAUAGCAACAUUUAGCUAUUAUUAGUCCUUUUUAUCAUUUCCUCCUUUUGGGGUAUUGCACGUCCAUUUGUUGAUUAAUGUUGAAGGAAAGUGGGAGGGUACUUUUUGGAUGAUAAGGAUGCAACAUAUAAUUCUCUUUUGUUUUUGUGAAUUUCUAAAUAUAUAUUUGUUUCUUGAAGGGAAACAAAGUAUAAUUUAAAGAUGCAGAAAAUCUAUUUUUUUUUCAAAAUUUCUAUUGUGAAGAUUUAGUUUAAAGAUUUAGUCAAAAAAAAAGUUAUAUUGUAAUAUUUUAUAUACAGAGCUCUCGUCAUUUCAUAAACUCACCAACUCUUGUAAUUCGUAUACAAAUUCCCAAGUAAAUACAAUGUCUAAUCUUUAGUACGUCUUGGUAACAUCUGUUAGUAUUGUUACAGGCUAAUACAUAUGGUUUGUGUUCAUAAGUCUUAGAAAGAAUACACAUUACCUUGCGAAAGAUGUUGGUGAUAUACUUCAGGUGUUCAGAAGUCUUAGAAAGAAUACACAUUAGCUUGCGAAAGAUGUUGGUGAUAUACUUCAGCUGUGGUUCGCCAUUCUCUUUUUUUUUUUUUGGACGACCGCCAUUCUCUUCUUUAACUGUUGAAACCACCUUUUAAAAAAAACAACUCUAGGGCUUUUGGUCUCUUUAAAUCAAUGUUAGCGGUUAUAUCUUGACUAAACUCAAGUGAAGACUAUUCAUGAAUUGGGUAAUAUGAAAUCAAGAGUUCACUUUGAUUUCAAGUUUGUUAAUGGGACUGAAGUGGUCCUUUCUGCAAGUGAUAAUUUAGAGUCAAACCCACAUUAUUUAAAGAUUAUCAUGCAAAUGAAACAUAGACGUAGGUUUUUCUUUUUAACAAUACAUAGGCGUAGACUUAAACUAGUGUCAUCAGAAGAUUGUCGAUGGUGUUAAGUUUAGUAAUCAACAAGGCAAUUAAUUUAAAACGUGUAAACAAUUAGUUAUAGACUUUGUACAUGUUUCAAGAUCACUGUGAUUGAUUCUCAUAUAAUGUCAAUUUUCCUAUUUGCUUGGUUAUACAUGUUUAUGGAUUUCAGAGACGAAUUGGGACACAUAAUCCUUUGCUCCUAUAAUAUUAUUUUCCUACUUUUUGUUUUUUUUUUCUUUUCAUUUACAUAACUUACAUAAGAUGGAAAUUGAAAAACUAUUUUGGGACAAAAAUAUGUAAUUUUGUUUAACUUAAUUUAAUUUUUAUCUAGGCAUAACUCAAGAUUUGAAGAAAACCACUCUAAACAUAGCUAAGAGCAGGAUAUUUAGAUGGUGUUUUACUUGACUUAAAAAAAAAAUUCAAUUUAUAUGUCUUCAAUUUCUCCUUGAAUAAAUUCUAACGAGUAGAUUUUGUUUAGACCCAAGACUAUUUUUGAACUCGGGGUAACUCAUAAUCAAUAAUCACAAGUCAAAACAAAUUCGAUGAUAUUCUUGUAACUGGAUUUCAUACUUAAAUUUGAUUCAUUAAACUUCGACUGCUAAGUAUAUUUGUAAAAGCAUAUAUCAAUCUAAUUUUCAUUUUUGUUAUUGCCCAUUAGUCUGGAAAUUUAUUUAACUCAUUUUUCUCUUCAGGUUUUGUCGCGUACCCGGAGUAAUUAAUUCACGUCGUCAUGCCCGAUUUGAUAUCAAUUUAAAUACGUUAUCCCCAAUUCCCCAGCCAUGAGAAGUAGUUGUGUUGUGCGAAUUGGUUUGAACUUUGAAGUAGUCUACCCAAAGAGCAAUAACUGCAAUGCUCGUAACUUUGACUUUUUUUGUCCUAUUGCGGUUUUGAUUGUUUUUUUGCCAUGUUUAAAUACAUUAUUAUUAUUAUUGAGAAAAAAAAUCAUUAUUGCUCUCUCACUUUCCAGCAUAUAAACUAAAGCUAUACAAGUUUUUGACAGAAAGAUAUAUUUCCUCUGUUUCAAAAUAUGUAUAUUUAAAAUUUUCGCACUUAUUAAAAAACAUAUAAGAUUUUAGUACCAAUACAUUAAUUUUUGUAACUAAUUAUUUCUUACAAUUUUUAACCAAUAGAACUUUAAUAAACACAUUAUACUUUUUGAAGUUUACAAUUAAUUUAUACAUUGAAAAUAUAAAAAUUUAUGUUAUUGAAACGAACUUUUUUUUUAAACAUGGAUCUUUUUGAAACGGAACGAGUAUAAAAUGUAUAACAAGUAUAUUUAAAGCAAAUAUUAUUUUUUGGUUUUAAAGAAUUUUCUAUUAGUGUCUUGAGUUUAUUUUUACUUUCUAAUCUAAGUAUAUAUAUCCUAAUUUUUUUGUCUUAAAUAAAAUAUUAACCUUUUGCUUACAAAAUCAUUGAUUAAUUUGCAUUUGAUAGAUCUAACCUGCAGUGUACAAGAUCAUUGGAUAAAAUAUAAUCUACAACAUCCAGGACCUUGUUAUUCUUGGAAUUUACAAUUAUUCUCCGAAAAUUGAUCAAAAACCAGCAACUACAACAUUUCUUCACACUCUAGUUUUUUUUUGUAAAUACAUUCUCUAGUUUUUUUGGUCAACCAGUCUGGAGAAUAUAAACGUUAACUUCAGUUUGCAAGGAGGUUUGUCUUUUGUCAUAACCGUACGUACUAAGUAAAAUAUUUCCACCAAUAGUACUAUAUGUUAGAACUACGUAUUGAAACCCAAGUCUUAUUUUAACUACAGCUAUUUAGCUCAGCUUUCGAACUGAUGAUAUACCCUUUUUUUUUGGUAUGACUGAUGAUAUACUUUGUGCGUGUGUAUAGAUGACUUUCGCUACAGCCAACGUUUGAUCCUUGAACUUCUACCGUUUCCAAUGGAAGUGCUUAGAAUCCCGUUGACGUAUAUCCGAAUAAAUACCUUUCCUGUUAACAAAUUCGUUUUACCGGAACAACGAAUCCGGUAAAGGUUUAUGUAUGAAAGUCUUUUAUAAAAAGAAAAAAUAUCUGUUUCAAAAGUAGUUUAUGGUGGUUUCACGAAUUGGACGACGACAUAAUAUUCAAAAGGACAAGUUCAAAAAAAAAAAAAUUCAAAAGGUUUGCGAAACUACCACUUUUCAUAUAAACUAAAAAGAACAAAAAAACUACUAAUUUCAAAGUAGCGAUUCAUAUCCUAUGAGUUCCCCUAAAUUGACAUGAUAAAAGAAAAAGGUGUUACGUUUCAGGAAUAUUAUUAGAAAAACAAAGAAUAAAUAAAUAUUUAACAAAAAAAAGAGAGUUUUAAUCAACAAAAACAUCAAGAGUUUUCUCAUUUUGCCAACAAUUUCAAGAGUUUUAUUACUUCAGGAAAAUAAAAUAGUAAGGUUAACAAAUAUUUAAUAGCUGAUGGUUCGCUCUAAUAUCUUGGUCAUUUUCUGCAUCUCUCCAAAACUUUGUGGACGAUCUAUAUAUUUGUGGAAAGAAAUAUUCCAACUUUAACUAGUGUCGCUCUUUCAUAUGUGUACACCUCUAUAGAUCAAAGUAUUUUAAGUGAAAUUUACAAAAAAAAAACUGUAAUGUGAUGAACACAACCAACAUGAUUAUUUAUAAAUUCCAUGAAUUUCUAACUUAAAAUAAUUGAAAAUGAAUAAAUUACCUCAUCUAUAUACAUAUAUUUCUCAACAUUCAUCAAAUUUUCAAUUUAGCAAUUUCUUAACUCCCCCCUCGAAUAAAUGUGUAAGUCAUAUAUCGUAAAGACCAUGCUGUGAAUUAAAGAUCCACGAUGUAUUCUUUUGAGAGAACAAUAAAAAAAUUAUCAUAAUGAAACUUUUGAAAACAUAUAACUUAAUAUGUUAGCAAAAAACAUAUAAGUAUAUAAGUUAAUAAAUAAUUGAUCUACACUAGCACAAAAUGGCUGUUAAUGGUUGAUACUUGAUACACAUUAUAAAAAGUAAAACCCGUUGCCAGUAGAUAACAUCAAUUCAUAAAAUUAAAUGAGAAGUGGUAGAGUAUAUGCUAUACAUUGUAGAUUUAAUAAAGAAAGCAAUAUAAAAGAAAGCCUAAAUCAAAGGAAUUGACGGAACAUGCCUAAAUGUAUGACAUAGCGUAUUUGAAUGAAAUUUGUUCAAGAGAAAUUUAUCAUCUUCUCCAACAUUUCCCAAGCAUAUUCUUUCUGUUCACAUCUGUUUCCUCGUCACCAUAACACGUAUUCAUUAACUUAAUCCAUGGCUUCCAUGUUAUUUAUAUUUGUCUUAAUUGAAUUAGGUUGAUGCAUGUUAUUUUAUGCUGUAAUUUUCAUCAUAAAUUGUUAAGUAGUCAAUUGAUCAAUUUAUAAUUUAUGUCUAUAAACGUAACGAUCUCUCAUAUGCACUUGGAUCUGCAUCACCAAGAUGAUAAAUUUAUCAUAUAGUAUAUCCAAGAGAUUUAACAUCCUUCUCUCUCUUAAUCUUGAUUGCAAUAAGUCAAACUUGAGAUUAGUUUAAUUACAAUGUGGAGUCCAAUUAUCGCACAUAAAGAGGUCUCCUAAUUAAUUUAUGAGCAUAUAUAUGCAUAUGAAAUUUAAAGAAAGAGUUGUGUAAUUCAUAGCAAUGCAUGUUAUUGCAUGCUCCUACGUGUUAAAAAUAACUUGUAAGUGAAUUGUUAAACAAAAUUCAUAGCCAUACUUAAGAAUAAUCUGUUUACUGAAGCUUAUAUAUAUGCAUGUGAGUUUAUAAAGGGAUCAACAAGUUCCUAAAUAAAAUCUAAGAGCCAAUAAUAGCAUUAGUUGAGUUUAGUAAAGACUAAGUGAGUAUAUCUUUUGGCAGACAUAUGCAAAUCUUGUGAAUAUCGUUGGAUUAAUAAUAUUCAACGGAUCAUAAAGAAAGAGCUUGAUUGGUGGACUAAACAACAUAUAAACAAAUGUGAUAAUAGUAAAAAACAUACAAAAUAAUAGGAAAGCCUGCACAGGUAAUAUUGACCAACAGCUUCAUUCUAACUAGACAAGCCCAUGUGUGUUGUAGGACCGCCAAAUAUAUUUUCCAAUAAAACUUUCAUCAUGUCCUAAUUUAUUAUAUAACCAUUUCCUCUUCCUUCUCCUCAUAUCACUAAACCAACCUUCAAGAACAGAGAAGAAGCGAUUUCCAUCAAUAACAAAAAAUAAAUAUAUAAAAACUCUUUCUUCAUUUUUUUUCUUUGAACUCUCAUUGCAACACAAACAUAAGAUUUGUUUGUGUCUGCUUUCAGAAAAAAAAAAAGAAAGAAAGAAUGAUACCAAGUUACGACCCAAAUGAUACCGAAGCUGGUCUCAAGCUUCUAGAGGAUCUAACCACAAAUGCAGAAGUAAUUCAAGAACAAGUUCUCCACCAAAUACUCUCUCAAAACUGUGAAACUCAAUAUCUCCAAGCAUUUCUUGAUGGAGAAUCCGACAAGAAUCAACAAAGUUUCAAGAACAAAGUGCCUGUUGUAAAUUACGAUGACAUAAAGCCUUUCAUUCAACGAAUCGCAGAUGGAGAAUCCUCUGACAUCGUCUCCUCUCAACCCAUCACAGAGCUCCUCACUAGCUCGGGGACUUCUGCGGGAAAGCCGAAGUUGAUGCCUUCCACAGCUGAGGAACUUGAACGGAAGACAAUUUUCUACAGCAUGCUUGUGCCUGUCAUGAACAAAUAUGUGAAUGGGCUAGAUGAAGGUAAAGGAAUGUAUCUUCUAUUCAUAAAACCAGAGAUCAAGACUCCUUCAGGUCUAAUGGCUCGUCCUGUGUUGACUAGUUACUACAAAAGUCAACAUUUCAGAAACAGACCAUUCAACAAGUACAACGUCUACACUAGCCCUGACCAGACGAUUCUUUGUCAAGACAGCAAACAGAGCAUGUACUGUCAGCUUCUCUGCGGCUUGGUCCAACGAUCUCAUGUCCUAAGAGUUGGAGCUGUCUUUGCCUCUGCCUUUCUUCGAGCGGUCAAGUUCUUGGAAGAUCAUUACAAGGAGCUUUGCGCCGACAUUAGAACCGGUACAGUAACUAGCUGGAUCACUGAACCAGCAUGCAGAGACUCGGUUUUGUCGGUCCUUCAAGGACCUAAUCAAGAACUGGCUGAUGAAAUUGAGUCAGAGUGUGCUGAGAAGUCGUGGGAGGGAAUCUUGAGGAGGCUAUGGCCUAAGGCUAAGUAUGUUGAGGUGAUUGUGACGGGUUCAAUGGCUCAAUACAUUCCAACACUCGAGUUUUAUAGCGGUGGUUUACCGUUGGUUUCAACCAUGUAUGCUUCCUCUGAGUGUUACUUUGGUAUCAACCUUAACCCGUUGUGUGAUCCUUCGGAUGUUUCGUAUACGCUUCUUCCUAACAUGGCCUAUUUCGAGUUCUUGCCCGUCGAUGACAAAUCUCACGAAGAGAUUCACUUUGCAUCGCAUUCUAACACCGAUGAUGAUGAUGAUGCUCUCAAGGAAGAUCUUAUUGUCGAUCUUGUUAAUGUUGAAGUUGGCCGAUACUACGAGAUUGUCAUUACUACAUUCACAGGUUUAUACAGAUACAGAGUAGGAGAUAUUCUUAAAGUGACCGGUUUCCAUAACAAAGCGCCUCAGUUCCGUUUUGUGCAGAGAAGAAACGUUGUAUUAAGCAUCGAUACCGACAAAACUAGCGAGGGAGAUCUACUAAACGCGGUGACACAAGCUAAACUCAACCAUCUUCAAAAACCUUCAUGCCCCUUGCUCACGGAGUACACUAGCUAUGCGGAUACGUCCUCGAUCCCAGGGCAUUACGUUCUCUUCUGGGAGCUAAAGCCACGUCAUAACAACGAGCCACCAGAGCUAGAGAACAAGACAAUGGAGUUAUGUUGCUCUGAGGUUGAGGAUUAUUUGGAUUACGUAUACAGGAGAUGCAGGAACAAAGAUAAAUCGAUAGGGCCAUUGGAGAUAAGGGUUGUGAGUUUGGGGACUUUUGAUUUGUUGAUGGAUUUUUGUGUCUCGCAAGGAUCUUCAGUGAAUCAGUACAAGACUCCAAGAUGUGUUAAACCUGGAGGAGCUCUUGAGAUUCUUGAUUCCAGAGUUAUUGGGAGGUUCUUCAGUCAAAGAGUUCCUCAAUGGCAACCACUUGGUUUAGAUUCGUAGCUUUUUUUUCAAUUUUACUUACUUUUUCAUAUACAACUAAAGUCUUGAUUUAAAGAUUUUAAGUAAGAUCCUCAUUUAUUAAGUUGCUAAUUGAUGUUUGUUUAUUAAAUGUUGUUGCUCUUUUGUCUCUUUUGUAACAAACUUUUAGUAAAGUCCUCUCAUUUUGUGAAUGGUGUAUACUUGUUGUUUCUCUUUUCUAUUAUUUUAUUAUCCCUCCCUCUCUCUUUUUGUUUAAUGAAGUUUUUAAAAUAAAAUUUUGUUUAAUGAAGUUUUUAAAAUAAAAAUAUGUGUAUUGAUUUAUAAGAAUAUACUACAGUACUUUUUUUCGUACCAAACCCUUUACAUAAAGUCUCAUCUUUGGGGAGAAAGGAUUCUCAUUUUUUUUUUCUUCAUCAAUCUUUCAUAAAUUUAUGAUUACAAGUCGACAACAUAGUCAUUAGACCUAGAAAAACUAUAUGUGAUUGUGCUAUAAAAUGUUUGAUGUUACAAGACAGUUUGUUUAGAUUACAAAGAUAAUAAAUAAAAAUGAAAAAUCUGGACAAUGUAAAAUAAAUUAACAAUAGUCGUCACAGAAAUUCACAUUCCACUGAACGUAAAUGAACAACAUAUAAAAAUGAAAUAGUAUUUUAAAUUAAAGAUAAAACUUUCGUAAUUCUCUUUAGCAAUAUUUUUACUUGGGUAUAUAUAAAGAUGAAAUCAUAAUCCGGAGAGACUGGAUAGAGAGGUGUAGAGUGACGUAUGGAUGCACAUGAAGAUGGUGAUGGUUUAAUUUGCCAGCCAACACACAGCUACAUCAUUGAGAUCCACAUUUCUUUCUUACAUAUAUUUUUUGUUCACAAUCUCAACUCUCUCUCGUCAACGGUUUUACCUUCUUUUGCCCUUUCUAAAUCUUGAAAAUAAGUUAUAUAAAGCAUCAUUGGUACUUGUACAGAUAAUACGUUUUGAAGUUGAAUAAAACAGCAAAAAAAAAGAAUUUUGUUAAAAUAAACAACUGACCCACGUUGAUUUGUUCGGAAUAGUGGUUAUACUAGUUUUAUAUGUAAGAAGACUUCAUGACUAAAAUUCUUUCAUGUUGACAUUUAACAAUAUUCGGGUACGUUUUUAGCACACAGUAGGCUAAACGUUAUUAGUAAACCAUGUGCUUCAAUGUAAACUGCAGAAGAAUAUUCUAACAACAAUAAAAGAUGUAUCGUCUUAUAAAAUCAGUAUCACAUAAAGUAUAUAAUAUGAAAGACAAAUUCUUUAUUCGAACAAUUCACAAUCAUUAGUCUAUUAUUUUCAAAUUAUAAUAUUUCAGUGAAAUAAUUAAAUAUGCAAACUAUAUGACUACUUGGUAGGACUACUAGUUUAAUAUAUUAAAUUCCAAAUUCCAAUGGCUGAUUGAAUGUUGCUGCCGAAUAUAUUAUGUAUUGCCGGAGAACUUAAGAGCUUUAAUUUUUUUUUCAUUUUAGAUGAAACACAACAUUUCAAAUUUACAGAUGAAACAUAAAAUUUGCGUAAAAAAGAUUUGCCAAAAAAGCUGAGUUUAAAAUACAACAAUCGGUCUUGUUCAUGAUAGAUUAUGUAUAAUAAGUAUGAUUAGGGCAAUGAGUGAGAGGAGAUCCAAGGAAUAAGAGUCGUGUCAACUGUCAAGUCACACAAGGAGUAGAAAUAGUCUUCUUUUUUCUUUUGAUCAAACGGAGUAAAAAUAGUCUACACGUCGCCGUAUAGGUACAAAAGGUUGUUUGUAAACCAGUAUUCUUCUUUUCAAGAUGCGCUGGAAUACUUGGCCACGGCCGAGGACACGUUUAUCACAUGUGAUAUUAAAGAGGAUUGUUUCACCCUCGUUCCACUACAACAUUUUGAGUUUAACAAUUUUACUAUAAGUUUUGACCAAAAAAAAAAAAAAAUUUUACUAUAAGAAAAAAACAUUAACAAUUUUACUAAUAACCUUGUACCUAUUCGGUGAGAUGUAGAAUUUUGUAAAAUUAUGUGGCCUGAGACAGCUCCCACAAUCAAAUCCCACUAGUUGAUAUUGGCGUAUUCAUCACAAUCGGCGUUUAACAGAUUGCUUAUUCAACGCCGAUUUCAUAUGUAUGUCAAAUAAUAUACAAGUUUGGUUUUUCUUUAUCGAAUAUGUAUGUCAAACAGAACUUAAAGCUCUUCUGCAUGUAGCCAUUUCGUCGUUGAGAUAGCCAAUAUAACACCAAAACUAACACAUAAACACCACAUCACUAGUUAUUCAUCUAAUAUAUACUUUAUACAAAAUAAUAGUAAAAGCUCUUAACAAUGUCUUUAGUAAAAGCUCUUAACAAUGGUCUAAAAGAGAAAUAACAUACAAAUUUAAUCUAAUUAUAAUAUAUAAAUUUGAACUGGAUCAGUUACUUUAACUAAAAACUAAACAUGUGAUCUGUAUCCAAUUUUUGUUUGUACUAUCCGUAUACAUAUACAGGUUUUUGAAACCGAUAAUAUGGCUUAGAGAACAACCUAUCAUUCCAAGAUUCAUCAUAAGAAUCGAAAUGAUGAAUGUAUUAAAAGAAUGGUUAAUAUCGGAUGUGAGUAACCUACAUGGCUUGUAUCUAACGGAUGUGUUCUGGUGAGCAAAUGGGUAAAAGAGACAGAUGAACGACCCAAAGUUUUAAAGCAAAAGAAAAAAGGGAACACACUUUACUGUUCACUUAAGAGAACACGAUGAGUUUCCUCGCAACUGUCCUGUCAUGUUGCUUUCCGUAUCGUAUCGCCUUCCAGCAAAAAACACUGUCGUUUUCCUCUAGCUACCAACACAGACCCUUCCAACCCCCAUCUAAUCGUGCUUGUUAACUACUGUAUGUUUUCCAUGUAAGUCUGAAAAUAUAGGGAAAUUUGAGCCAAUAACCAAAAAAAAAACUAUAUUUCACAAAUUAACCAUAUCAAUCCUUCUCUCCUAUUUUCUCUUCCUAUCUCUCUCUACCCUCUUACUACAAAUCUAAUAUUUUUCCCAAUAUAUUCAUUCAUCAAAUUAACCCAAAUAUAUAUACAUGUAUUGUCAACUUAAUGGGCUGAUUCAAAAUAAUGCAUGCAUAUAUAAAUCUAUCCACAAUAGUUUCGAUUAGACACAAAGAAAGUAAAACUAGUUUGUGAGAUAGCAACCUUAUACAGCUUGUACUCCUAGUCUCCUAACGAGACCUAGACGUUGUGCAUCUACAGUUGUCUAUUCCAAAAUUAGUUCAUCAAUGUUUACAUCCACAUUCGUAAGUCGUUUAUAGAAAGAAAAAAACAAACAUCUAUAGAAACGAACAUUAUGGAACACUUAUUUUUAGUAGACAAUAAAUUAGGUAUAUGUCACACCACAUACCAAGGUUUACUAGGUUUGGGUAUAGCUCUAUUAGAUUUCAUUUCAUACAAAAUUUAGUUAGAGAAGCUAAUGUAUAUGAGGUUGUCUGGUUGUUAAUAGUGGUUGUUAUAUGAAUGUAUAUGCAAAAGAAAAUAAAAUGUUAACAAUUAUGCUAUCUCUGCUCUAUCACAAAGAUUAAAAUAUUGGAAAUUUGUUUCAGAAUGAUAUAAUUUUUUUUCUGUGAAGCUUUGUAUAUUUGAUAAUAAUAAAUUUUAAAUUUAAAAAAAAAUGAAUUUAUUGAAUUAUUAAUAAUAAAAAAUUAUAAACCUCAGUGUUAUCUUAUCGUUUGAAGAAGCAAAGAAAGAAAAAAGUUUUUUUUUUUUGAACAGAGUGUGUGGUCAAUGUAAAUAAAGAGGUUAGAAGAAGGCCACGAGUACAAGAGGGAACAAAGGUAAAUAAGGAAUUAAAACGUUAGGGGGAGACUUCAGAAAAGAAGAGACAAAAACAAAGAGAGACCCACAAAAAGAAAGACACGAUUAGAGAGGUGCAGCAUUUGACACAACUCCUUCUUUUCUCGUCCGCACGCAAUUUGGGUCUCGUCCUCAUAUUUUUGUGGUGGGCUCUCUCUUUUAAACACUUGCUCCCUCCCACAGUUUUGGUCUGAUUCGCUUCAUCUAUCUCUCUCCUUUUUUAAAGAAAACAAAUCCAAAAUCGAUAAGACUUUAUAUAAUAUAGAGUCAUUACUGGUCUUCGUUUAUUUCACUCUGGUUAAUUUGUUUGUGAAAGUAGAAAAGGUCGUAGUAUCGUAUGCGUUGUACAUAGCUGUAUAAUAGUCACAUUUUGUCAGACUUAGGAAUGUACACACUUUGGUCCAACUUAGACAUGAUGCAUUUUGGGAUAAUUUCUAGUCAUUAUUCCGAAUAAAUGCAAAAACGCUUAGAAGAUUACGACAGAAAGUAACAAGACUGUGUGAGAGAGAGUGUGUGUGACCACAUUAUAGUAGUCUUGAGUGUGGACCAUACUAGUUUAACACCCCACUCGUGUGUCCUGUCUUUCAAUUGCUUGUCUCGAUUCAGUUUCAACGACAAAACCUUUGUUUCCUUCCCUAAUUUCACGCUAUAUGUAUAGGCUAUAGCUAAACUUAACAUCUCUUUCUUUCGCAUUUUCUUUUCUCUAAUCAGGAAAACCGCAAAAACAGGGCAAUCAUUGUAGGCCAUCAUCAAAGUGCAUUAAUACAUGUCUGAUCUAUCAAAGUAAGAGACCUAGUUUUACCCAAAAAAUGUAAGAGACCUAUAUUCAUUUUAUUGCAGAAUCUUGCGGCUUAAUUAAGAUAACUCUCGGCCUUGGUCCUCUUCCUCCAAAGCAUGGCCAUCUAACUAAAGCAGUGAAAAUGCAACUCACAAGUAAGGAUAUGUCGGCUGAAAGCCCAUGAAUGGAGAAUCUGAUGCAGUUCUAGACUGAUGGCCAGGUUGGACCAUGUUAUGGUUUGUAAAAUCAGGAUAGGACUCUGUUUCUAUGAUUUUUUAAUUGAAAAGAUAGCUAGAUCAGUUGGAUGAUACAUGUGAAAUGUGUUUCUUAUAAAUUAUUGAGAAUUUCUCAAAUGAUACUCUCUCCAUUUUUUUGUUUAGUUAAUUGGUGAGAGACUUUAUGACAAAUUUAGCAAAAAAAAAAAAGAGAGACUUUAUGAGAAAAUACAUUUCGUUCUUUGUAAUUUUAGAGAAAGCCACAGGCCGAUGAGUGUCCGGGCGACAGGAACCAUACUACAUCCUCAAAAUCAAGGCUAAAGAAGGACCGGACUAAUCAGGGCCGGAUCAAAAUUAGUGGGUCAGGUUGGCCGGCCCAUUACAAUAGAACCAUGGGCAGAUUAACAAUAUCUCAACAACGAAAGAACCAAGGGCUUAUCUUAGUUGCUGAAUCAAGGCCGAAUAAAGAGUUCGAUUGUGUUAGAAACAUCACUACAACAACUUCAUUAUUUCAAAUGUAAAGCUUUGUACAUUCUAAAAACAAAUCUAAAAUUUAAAUUUGAAAAUUUUUGAACAAUAAAACCUCAAAUAUAAAGUUUUCACUGUUCAAAAUUUUAUGUAUGAGAUUUUUACUUUUUUUUUCAAGUCCUUACACUUAUAUUUUACAAAUAAUUUUAAAAUUUCAUGUUAUUUCAAUCUUUACAAUUUUUUAUCUCAUAAAAUAAUAAAUAAAUUUUAUAAUUUUACUAUCAUAUAUAAAGUUAAAAUAUUAAAAUAAUACUAACAUUUAUGUAAAUUUGAUUUAUUUUUUUCAAAAUCUCUAAACAUAAUUCUUAUAAAUUUGGUUUAACAGAAGAAAUUCACUGAUGUUAGUAAAUUCUUUAUAUGAUUUUUUCGUGUUCAAAUUGAAUAAUUUAAUAGAGAAGAUUAUAAAUGAUAUUUUAGUAUAGAUUUAUAUUUUUAUAAAAUAGUAUGCUUUUAACUAAUUUUAUUCAAUAGUAAAUACUAAAGUGUUAAAGUAUAAAUUUUUUAAGGUUGUUUACCAAAAAAAAAUGAAUUUUUUACAGGAAUAGUAUAAAACUUUGUUUCGGAAAAAAAACGCCAUCAAACCUUAAAUCUGAAGUUGAACCGUAAAAUAAAUUAUUUUUGGAGAUGGUCUUAGGAUUAUCAGAUUUUCAAAGCAUUUUUUUACUGUCAAUAUUCAUGUUCGAUAAAGAUGCACAAAUUGUUUUCAUUUUUUUUUCUUUUUUGUAAAAGGGCUUAUACUGUUUUCAUGUUCAUGUUAAAAAUCUGGUUUCAUGUUCAUGGCUCUUCCGGAAGAUGAGAAGAAGGCUGUAGUUACAAAACUCGAGCAAGAAAGUUCUGGUUAAGAUUGAACGAUUACAGACUGUUUUAAGUACGUGAAGAACAUGUAAGUAUCAAUGAUGUACCCGUAGGUUAUAUAUAUAACCAAUGAGGAGAGACGCUGGCAUAAACAGUUUAUACAUCUUUUUUUUUCUAUCUCUCAUCUUCUGGAAGAGCCCGAGCCAUGAACAUGGAAACAGAUUUAUCCCCAAUAUCAUCCUUCACAAGCCAACAAACCAGACCACAUGAUUAGUGAUGUAACAUUAUGAUACUUGAAGGAGAUUAGCAAAGACCUCUUUUUAAAGCUUGUAUUUUUUUUUUAACACAUCUUUUUAAAGCUUGUAUAUUAGAAUUUUUAGUGAAUAACAGUUGUACCUUUAUAGGCUGAGUGAAUUGUCUUCCAGAAAAUACUACAAAGAAUGCCAUCCAUGUUCCUAGAAACACCAGUUUCGCCUCAUCAUUCAUCAGACCAAUCUGCAAAUUCAUCACUCAUUACUUAGCCUCAUUAUCAAGAUUCAAGGAUGUGAUACUAAUGUACAGGAAGAUAUUGUACCAAAUGCCUGAGAAGUAUUGAGGGUAUGAUGAACGUAAGAAGGCCAGCUUCUAGCUUACCAUAACAGAGCCCUGCAGACAAAAAAAAAUGAAGAAAAUUAGUAUGGCUACAAAUAUGAAACCUGAUUAUUUCACUUAACCAUGAAUUCUCUGGUAAAAAGGCUGCAGAAGAAGCAGCUACAAAGGAAGCAGCAGCAGUUACUAGUCCUGAUCUGUUCAAAAUAACCUAAAGAGAAUGAGACUUAACUUCAAAUUCUAUCUUUUCACCAAGAACAACAUAAAUCUAAUCAAAACUCUAUCUUACCUGAGUUACAUGAACAGAUUUGUCUUAAAGGAUUCAAAUUGCAUGUUAUAAUCAUCCAAUAUCUUAACUUUUGAGAAAUCCAAGAAAUGAAAUUUUAAGUAUAAGGAGCUGUUCGUUUCAUCAUCUAUCAUCUCCAUCCAAAUGAUUCAUUUACAUGCUACCCAAAUGAUGCAUCCAGAUAAUAUUGGCAUUGUUCAUUUUUUCUUCCAGUUGGAUCAUCUAGAUGAAUCAUCUAAAUAGACUUAUGUUAGUUUCUUUAUCUCUAUUUCCAUUUAGAUGAGUUUAGAAAAUAAAUUACUAAUAUAUCUUUGUUUUGAUUUAAUCAUAUUUUAUUUUUGUUUCACUAUAUUAGUUUUUAUUAAUUAUUUAAAAUAUAAUUAUUUAAAAAUAUAUUUUUGGUGGGAAAUAUAAUUUUACGGUUUUAGCAAAAAAUACGUAUUCACAACUUAAUUCCAGAAAUAAGAAUUAGCGAUUUUAGAAGAAAAAAAGUUAUUUUGUGGUGUUGUUGGAAAAAUGAAUUUUGUAGUUUUGGCAAGAAAAUGUGGUUUUGUGGUUUUAGCGUGAAAACAUGCUUUGUAGUUUUUUACACGACAACAUGUUUUGUGGUUUUAAUGGGAUAAAUACAUUUUUGCGAUUUUGACGGGAAAGUGCGGUUUUAGCGAGAAAAUGUGUCUUUGUAGUUUUAACGAAAAAAAAACAGUUUCGCGAUUUUGGCGGGAAAAUGCGUUUUUAUGGUUUUAGGUGGAAAAUGUUGUUUUGUGAUUUUGGCCGGAAAAUGCAUUUUUGGUUCUGACGAAAAAUGCAUUAUGUGAUAGGAAAAUGUGUUUUUGUGGUUUUGUCAUUUUUCGUGAGCGUCAAAAAAUAAUAUUAAAUUUAGAUUUGUAAUUUGUAAAUUAUAUCAUAAGUAUAAUAGACAUUAUACCAUAAGUAUAAUAGACAUUAUACCAUUUUGACUGAAUUAUCUCCUUCCAAAUGGUUCAAUUUGGUUUAGUUGGCUGAUUUUAAAAAUUAAGUCUAAAUUUAUGAUGCUCAUUCAGAUAAGCAAUUCAGAUGACUUGUAACUUGAAGUUUAAACAAACAACAAUCCUAUUUUCAUCUAGAUAAAUCGUAUGGAUUGUGAAACGAACAUUGACCUUGAGUAGAACUCGUAUGAAAGAGACGUACCUCUUUCGGAUCGGACUGCUCACGCAAACACCUUUCUAAACUGUUCCGUCGACAGAACCUCCUUGAGAGCUGUCGCUUACUGCCCUGAUACAAAGCCAACGAUGAUUUGUUGAGGUUAGCCGGCGGUGAGAUGAGUGUCAUCAAUAACAUAACUCACGUCUGUCGCAAUCAGAGGUCUCAAACAAUGCGGCAUUCAAUCAUUACUAGCUGGAAUGCUUCAGAUCUGUCUUUGUUUGUCUAUCAUCACAAGACAUCUAAAAAUGCCCAAUAUGAAAAAUUUAAUUAUUUUCUACCCUUGAUUAAUAUACGUUAAUUGUAUGUUAGAAUUUAACCUGAUAUAUAACAUUGAUUUUAUCAUAAAUAUUUAAAAUAUAUAAUUUACAUUUAGCGUUAUAUAUUGUGUAAUUAUAUAAUCUUAUUGUUUAUGACAAAAACAAUAAUCUUAUUGUUUAAGUUUUUUAUUCGACAUUGUUAAUAUAUAGUGAUUAGUUUUAUACAAUUAUUUUAUUAUUAAGAAUAGAUGUUAAAGGUUAGGUAUAUAUUAUUAUACUUUGUAUAUAAUCAUUUUAGAUAAUCAUAGUAGACUAAAAGUUUGACAUAGGUUAAUAAUUUUAUUUUGUUAAAAAUUCACAUAGUUUACUAAUUUUAGCUAAAGUUAACACUGAAUGCUAAGUAUUAUUUAAAUAAAAAUGUUUUUCAAAAUAAAAUAGGUUAAUUUAUUAAUUCAGUAAAAUUUUGUCAUAUUUAACUGGUAUAGUAUUUGUAUUUUAAUAUAAUAUAGAAUAUAACUAAAAGUUAGAAAAACAUCAUGUCACUGUUUUUAUAAGAAAUAUUUAAUUAAUAAUACUUUAUAAAAUAUUAUAUUACGAAUUAGCAAAUUAAUUAAUGCUUUGUUUUGUAAAAAUAUAUUUAAAACUUAUAGUAAGCUUUUGUUAGAUUUUUUCUUAACAAAUUUUAUUAUAACUGAAUUAAAUUUUAUUUUUAUAUUUAAAUCAAUUUAUUAUUAAUAUCCUUAUUGAUCAUUAAGUUUUUUUAGAAAUGUUAUAUAUUUGAUUAGUUAGUUAAAAUAAUAUAACAUGUCAUAAUAAUUAAUUAAUUAAAUGAUCUUAGUAUGAUAUGUCAAUAGCAUAACCAAGGGAGGACGGCACAGUGGUCUUGAGGGAGCUUUGGCCCCAAUACGGGUCCGGAUUCGAAUUUCGCUGGCCAUCGUCGAUUAAAAUAGGGUGAAAAAGACGGCUCUCCAGGAUGCCUUCUGUGGAAGUGUACUUAGGCGCUAGUCGGGUUCUCUCCGGGGUCAUCGGAUUAUCUGGAUUACAAAAAAAAA